AUGGAUGGCAUUACAUACCUCGUUAAAGAACCUUUUCUCUCGUUCAUCAAGAAUUUGAUCGAUUCUAAAUUGGCUGAUGAUACCACAAAAACAAUCCGUAUCCUGGAUGUGGGCUGUGGUGAUGGCAGCUUUUGCAGACUCUUGGAUGCGCACUAUCAUGACCGAGUAAAGCUUACUGGCAUUGAUCCAGGCGAUGACAUUGCUAUGGCUAUCGAACAAUCCAACAAGGCCAUUGAAUUUUUAAAAGACACGUUUAUGAGCUAUGCUGACAAGGUCCAAGAGGCAUCCUUUGACAUGGUUAUCUUUACCAAAUCGCUUCAUCAUUGCCCUGAUGAGCCAAAAAUUACUGUGGCAAGAGCACGUCAACUCCUUGCACCCAAUGGUCUUUUUGUUGCGGAGGAAUUAUGGACGCACAUUAUUGAUGACGACGAACAUUCCCACAGGUGGCUCUUUGAUCGUGUGGAUCUUUUGCACGCCACAGGUACCAUGAUCAAAGAAAACGUGCGAAAGGAUUUUGUCCCAGCUUUGAAUACCCAAUUACCACUCGUGGAGCGCUGGCGUAUUAUUUUAAGUGGCUGCCGAGAGCAUACAUCCGCUGCAUGCAAGCAAGGCAUUUUAGACGUGUUUGGUCACGAGAAUACGCGUAUUACCGAGAAUGUGGCACAGCUGCGUGAAUUUUGGACAGCUCUCGGUCUCAAGGAUGAUGAGAGUGGCAAGGCUGCCAUGACAGAAUUGAUCCAACAAGAGGCACGGGCUGUCUCUAGUAAUGAAAUCAAGGGCAUUGGUAUUCUCUUUGUGUGUGAAAAUAAGCAAUAA